AUGAGCCCGGCCCUGCUGCCAGCCCUCCUGGGCCUCACCCUGGUGCUGCCCGGAGCACAGGCCCUGACCUGUCACUCAGGAUCAGCAAUGGCUGUGAGGGAGGCAACAGAACUGCCCUUGACGUGGACCGUUGGCGAGGAGGACUGCAGGGAGGGCUGGGGCUGCCAGGACACGGUGAUGCUCCUAGAGAAUGGACCCCUGGUGCUCCUAGUGAUCACCAAGGGCUGUACCCAGGAGGAGGACCAAGAGGCCCGUGUCACCCAGCACUGGGCCACCCCUGGCCUGUCCAUUGUCUCCUACACCCGUGUGUGUCGCCGUGAGGACCUCUGCAAUGACCUCUCCAGCACCCGCUCUCUCUCGACCCCACCUCUUCCUACAUUCCCAGGGACCGUGCGGUGCCCAGUCUGCUUGUCUACGGAAGGUUGUGAAACUGCGCCCGAGGUGACCUGCCCCGUCGGGCACACGCAUUGUUACAACGGGAUCCUGCAGCUCAGGGGAGGGGGCAUCGAUGCCAAACUGAGAGUCCAAGGAUGCAUGUCCCAAGCAGCCUGCAACCUGCUCAAUGAGACUCGGGGUAUCGGGCCUUUGUCUGUGAGUGAAAAAUGUACUACUAACGGAACAGUCCCCCUGACCUGUCAAUCAGGAAGACUGGUGUCUGUGAGGAAUGCAACAGAACUGCCCUUGGAGUGGAAUGCCGGCAAGGAGGACUGCGGGGAGGGCUGGGGCUGCCAAGACACGCUGAUGCUCCUUGAGAAUGGACCCCAGGUGCUCCUAGUGCUCACCAAGGGCUGUACCCAGGAGGAAGAUCAUGAGGCCCGUAUCACCCAGCACCGGGAAGGCCCUGGUUUGUCCAUUGUCUCCUACACCCGUGUGUGUCGCCAUGAGGACCUCUGCAAUGACCUCCCGAACACUGUCCCGCUCUGGGCCCUGCCCCCCACUGCAGGCCCGGGGACUGUGCGGUGCCCAUUAUGCUUGUCUACGGAAGGCUGUGAGUCUGCAACAGAGGUGACCUGCCCCGUCGGGCACACGCACUGCUACAACGGGAUCCUGAAGCUCAGGGGAGGGGGCAUCAACGCCAAACUGAGAGUCCAAGGAUGCAUGUCCCAAGCAGCCUGCAACCUCCUUAAUGAGACUCAAAAAAUUGGGCCCUUGUCUGCGAGUGAAAAAUGUCCUACUAAAGGAGGACAGACCCUGACCUGUCACUCAGGAUCAGCAAUGGCUGUGAGGGAGGCAACAGAACUGCCCUUGACGUGGACCGUUGGCGAGGAGGACUGCAGGGAGGGCUGGGGCUGCCAGGACACGGUGAUGCUCCUAGAGAAUGGACCACAGGUGUUCCUAGUGAUCACCAAGGGCUGUACCCAGGAGAAGGAUCAUGAGGCCCGUGUCACCCGGCACCAGGAAGGCCCUGGCCUGUCCAUUGUCUCCUACACCCGUGUGUGUCGCCGUGAGGACCUCUGCAAUGACCUCUUCAGCACCCGCCGUCUCUGGACCCCACCUCCUCCUACAUUACCGGGGACCGUGCACUGCCCAGUCUGCUUUUCUACAGAAGGUUGCGACUCUCCGACAGAGGUGACCUGCCCCGUCGGGCACUCGCAUUGCUACAACGGACUCCUCCAGCUCAGGGGAGGGGGCAUCAACACCAAUCUGAGAGUCCAGGGAUGCACAUCCCAAGCAGCCUGCAACCUGCUUAAUGGGACUCGGAAAGUUGGCCGCUUGUCUGUGAGUGAAAGCUGUGAAACUGACGCUUUCAGGACCUGCCAAAAGGGAAUCAUGCUUCGGUUCAAAGAAAACCUGGCUAAGGAACCCGUGGAAUGGGAUGCAUUUACAACUGUGAAAUGUGAUUUGGACGAGGUGUGUCAGGAGACACUUCUGCUCAUAGAUGUAGGACCCAGAUCACUCAUUGUGGGGAGCAAAGGCUGCGGCAAGGCUGAGACACCGGAUUCCCAGACUGUCUCCAUCCACUCGGGGCCCCCCGGAGUGCUCGCUGCCUCUUAUACCCAUUUCUGCUCCUCCAAUGGGUGCAACAAUGCCAGCAGUACCAGUGUCCUGCUGAACUCCCUCCCUGGUCCAGCUGCCCCUGCCGCAGGAGACCUGCAGUGUCCCGCCUGUGUGCAGAUGAGUAGAUUCUGUACAAGCUCUAUAACUGUCAGGUGCCCCAAGGGCACCACUCACUGUUAUAAAGGUUACAUCAGUCUCAAAGGAGGUGGGCUGUCCUCCCCACUUAGCAUUCAGGGCUGCAUGGCCCAACCUUCCAACUCCUUGUUGAACCACACCAAUAGGAUUGGGCCGUUCCACACAGCUGAGUUCCCUGAGGAUGUGAAUAAAGAUCUCCAAAGUAGAGCUGCUCCUAAAGACCUCCAACGUGGGGGUGCUUCUAAAGAUCCCCAUAGCGGGGCUGCUCCUGCCCCCUACUUGGCUCAGGUGGUGGGGCUGGGGCUGUCCCUGGCCCUUUGGUGUGCGGUGACCUCCCUGCUCACUCUAUUGCCCUGUGAUUCUUAGUUCCUGUUGACCCCUAAACCCAGCCCUCCCUCUG